AUGCGCAGAAGUAAUCGGAUUUUGAGGACGCGUGAUGAACAAAGUCCCUCUGCACAGCUGUCCUUUGAUUUAAAGACAAUUGCGAAACGAUCGGCAGCUAAACGAACUGGUUCAACUUCGAUUAACCAGCCUGCUGCACUUAGGGAGUCAUCUACUCCGAAAUCUGGGCACUCUACCAAGAUACCCUCUUCCAGCCCACUUUGCGAAGACAACAACAUAACUGAAGCCGCAAAAGGGCAGCUGAGACGUUCACAACGACACCAGCAGCGGAGGCUUAGAAGUAGCUCCGACAACAUAUAUGACUUAGAUGUAGACUCACCGAGUGCCGGCAAGGUGCAGAACGUGGUCCUGGGAAAGCAGCUUGAGUUGACUCCUGACACAGAAUCCAGUGAAGGCGAGUCCAGUAGUUCAUACGUGGAAUGCGAGGAUACAAUUGGCACACAAAAAUCCCCCGAAAGGCCUUGUUCUGAGAUCCCUCUCGUGGUUAUCGAUAAUACACCAACCUCACUGCUGACUGAUAAUGGAACUGUCCACCGUGAAUCUGUUAAUUUGGACGAUAGUGAUGAUGGAAACCACCAGGAAAAGGCAGUGUCUGAACUGAGCGAGGCAAAGGGAAGGCCACUACCUGAUAGUGACUAUGGAUUCACAAACACAGAUGAAGAUGAAGACCAAGACGAAGAGGAAGCUGAAGACGAAGAUGAGAGCGGAAGGAAUGGUAUACUAGAUACCCUGGAGCUAGAAGAAGAGGUGUCUAUUCCGAAUAUGGGUCUGCGGGAUGAUGCAGUCUUCUGGGAUGCAUCAAAGAUAUUUGACCAGGAAAGGAACUGGCGCGAACUGAUUUCAGAGGCGCACGGGUUGAUCGGAAAAUCCAAGGGUCUGGCAAUUGGGUCUACGAAGGAUUUGUUUAAGAGUAUCUCAAAUGGAAUUGAUACCUAUAAGGGAAAGUCCACCUCAAGAAACAGCCACCAGAAUUUUGCUUCAGCCGAGACAGAAGAGAUCUCGAUUGCCGGACUAGAAAAGGGUGUUUCCCAGGUCAUGAUCGAGUUAUACCCAUAUAAUGCAGACUCACCUAGAAAAUUAAGAACGCUGACGUCUCUAGCUUAUGAAGUAGCUGCUGACAUCAUCCCUGGAAUCGUUGGCCUUUUACAGUGGUGCCUGGUAACCCAUUAUUCUAAUGACAGUGUUACUGAUGAAGGCAUAGACCAAGUGACGAGGAUUUUAGACUGCAUCGAGAGACUCUGUGAAGCGGUCCAAGCAGAGCCGCCCAAGCCACCUCCUGGACUCGCAGCUAAAUUAAGAAUUACGAGUGUACUGGUCCGGUUCAUGGCCUACGUGUUUAGGCAUCAGCAGCUGAACACGCGGCAGCCAGCAGCCACGCAGCACCCAGCCGGCUGGUCCCGAAACACAAGCCGACGUGGUGACAAGUAUGACACGGAAUCUGUUGAGCCAGAAGAGCCUACGGUUGUCUUCAACGAGGAAUGCCCCUGGAGCCGAGCCGAGAGCGAAACGUUUUUUGAAGCGUUGCGAAAAUAUCGAGGGCCUGAGCGGUAUGGAUUGAUUCUCAGAGAGUUCGGGGACGUUCUCGGUCACCGUAGCAUAGAUGAGCUACGAGAGAAGGCGGUAGAAACGCGAGCUGGGCUCUUAGCUCUGCCUGAUGAAAGACGGCCACACUACAGCCAAUGGAGCUUCCUUGAUGAUUAA